UCACAUAUAAGCUGCACAAUGCGGGACAACAGUUGCAGAGAGUCCAUAGACAAAAUUCUUCAUGACGCUCUGACUGCGAGGAAGAAUCUUCUAGACAACCACAGCAAUCUGCACAGGCUGGCCGAUUACUGUCAGAACAAAUACUUCAGUGUGGAAAACACCAGAAGCGUCAUUGAAGAGUCGAAAGCUUUUACCACUCAAGCCCUGGCCAGUGUCACAUAUCAAAUCAACAAUCUGGCCGCAUCCCUUCUGAAGCUUUUAGAUGCUCAGACCCUUCAGCUGAAACAGAUGGAGUCCUCCGUCAACAUGCUGAGUCGCACAGUUGACAUUUUCAAGGAGAACAUAGCACGCAGAGAGAUUGGAGUGCUGACAACACAGUCGAAAGGUCCCCGAACUCAGAAGAUGGUUCUUCCAGCAAAUGGACUGGAACCGCUUCGCAUGUACAGACGCAUCCCCAUAUCAUACACCCGAUUAGACAAACUGGGCCACAGCCACUGGGAAAGCAACAAAACUGGAAGCGAAGAGUCAACGGAAACAGAAAACAGACAGUCUAUGCACAGCUCCUUCAGCUGGUCUUUUCAGGGUAUUGCAGUUCCUCCUCCAUCAGUGCCUGACUUUGUGGGUUCGAACAUCACAGCUCCUCCUGGAUGUUUGCCUGCUUCUCCUUCUUCCUGGUUCCGUGUGUUUUGCUGUUUUAGGUCUUUUCAGGGUAUUGCAGUUCCUCCUCCAUCAGUGCCUGACUUUGUGGGUUCGAACAUCACAGCUCCUCCUGGAUGUUUGCCUGCUUCUCCAUCUCCACCCCUCAUGUCUGUCUGUUCCCCGUCUCUGCCUCCAUAUGCCUAUCCAGAUUUAUCAAUGCUGCCUCCUCCACCUCCCCCAGAGGAUGAGAUAGGAGACGCUCUACCUCCUCCUCCUCCACCUCAAAGCAACAUGCCAUCAUUUCCACCAAAUACAUCUGUGACUUUAGAAACUCCUCCCCCUACUCAGGCCAACAUGCCGAUACCACCUCCUCCUCCACCUCCUCCAACUCAAGGCAAGAUGUCUAUUCCACCCCCUCCUCCACCUCCCCCUACUCAGGGUAACAUGCCGAUUCCACCUCCUCCUCCACCUCCCCCUACUCAGGGCAACAUGGCGAUUCCACCUCCUCCUCCACCUCCCCCUACUCAGGGCAACAUGGCGAUUCCACCUCCUCCACCUAGAUCUAGCUCAUCGACACCCACACCGCCACCUUUACCUCCCCAAAGUACCCCUAUGGUGCCACCACCACCUCCUCCCCCUAAUACUAGUGGAAAAUUUGUUCCACCUCCUCCCCCUCCCCUCCCUCAAUUUAAAUGUUGAAUUUCAAUGUUAACUUUUUAUCUAUAAAACAGUUUACUUUUUAUGGUACAGUGCUUUAAAUAAAGUUAUGUGUAAACAAUAUCAGUGAUUUUAUGUGUAUGCAU